AUGGGACUUAUUAUAUCUUUACCAGUUCAGAUGGCAGCUACUUGCUUCUCUUCGAUGUUGGGGUCUUGCUGCUCAUCAUCUUUAUCCUCUUUAGGGACACUUACUUCUUCUUCCUUAAUGACUCGUAUCACAUAUGCGUUAUGGUUGCUCGUUAAUUCUGUUAUAUCAUGGGUAUCGAUGUCCACGAAUAAAUCUAUAUUAUGGCCUGAUAAGUCAUGCACAAGCACAGGGGAGUGUGGGUUCUUUACCGUUCAUAGGUUGAAUUUUGCGUUGGGAAUGAUGCAUAUCAUUUUGGCAUUUAUCAUGAUAAAUAUAAAGUCUACUGCGGAUGCAAGAGCAAAGUUACAGAACGGAGCAUGGAGUUUCAAGUUCAUUUUUUAUUUAUUACUCAUUCUAUUUGCUUAUUGGAUCCCAAAUGAAUUCUACAUCUGGUUUUCCAAAUGGGUCAGUGUACCCAGUGGAUUCGUGUUUAUCUUGAUCGGGCUUGUGCUAUUAGUUGACUUCGCCCAUGAAUGGGCAGAGACCUGUAUACAGAAUGUGGAACUAGAAGAUGAAAGAUCCAGCUUAUGGCGAAAAUUAUUGAUCGGUAGCACCAGUUUAAUGUACAUCGGAAGUGCUGUCAUGAUGGUUGUGAUGUUCACUUUAUUCUGUCACGACGGAUGUGAUAUGAACAGAUCAAGUGCAACUAUAAACGUCGCAUUAUCUGUUAUCGUGUCACUAGCCUCGAUACAUCCAAGGGUACAAGAGUUCAAUCCAAAAUGUGGACUUGCGCAAAGUUCUAUGGUAUCAGUAUAUUGCACUUACUUAACAAUGAGUGCUAUGGCAAGUGAACCAGACGAUAAAUUUUGCAAUCCAUUAGUUCGUACAAGUAACACCAGAAAGUUCAGUACCGUUCUAGGUGCACUGUUCACUUUUAUCGCAAUCGCAUAUACGACAACCAGAGCUGCAGCAAACAACGCACUAAGAGGUAGUAGCGGAGCGAUUUCUUUAUACGAUGAUGAUGUUGAAUACUCCGGGAUAGGAGAGACACGUAAUCAACUGAGGUUGCAAGCGAUCAAACAAGCAGUUGAGGAGGGUGCUUUGCCCCAAUCCGCCUUGCUUGAUUAUGAAGCUGAGCAGCAAAGAAUGCAUGUCAAUGAUUCUGGUAGGGAAGAUGGUGAUGAUGAUGAAUUCAAUGUAACAAAAUACAAUUACUCGUUGUUUCAUUUCAUUUUCUUUUUAGCUACGCAAUGGAUUGUGAUCCUAUUGACUAUAAAUGUUACACAAGAUGAUGUUGGAGAUUUUAUUCCUGUUGGCAGGACAUACUUUUAUUCAUGGGUUAAAAUCAUAAGUGCUUGGAUUUGUUAUGGUUUAUACGGCUGGACCUUAUUCGCACCCAUUGUCAUGCCAGAAAGAUUUGAAUAUGACUAUUAG